AUGGGCGACGGCGGCCCGAUGCACUUCGGGCGGAGUGAACAAGCCCAGUGCCAGCAUUCAGCGUCGGCUGGACAGGAUCUGCACCUGCGUCAGGUGGAUCAGCGGCUCAGCACCAGUACAUCAAUCAACCCUCGCAUCAAACCCCAGCAUUCAGCGUCGGCUGGACAGGAUCUGCACCUGCGUCAGGUGGAUCAGCGGCUGUAUUCGCCAUUCCCAUCAUUGCCCGUGAAAAUGUAUCCUCAACAGCAGCACCAGUACAUCAAUCAACCCUCGCAUCAAACCCCAGCUGGAGUCAAUGAAUGCCCUAUUGACUCGCUAUCAUAUGAUGGGCAGUCAGCGGUACAAGCACCACCGCCGCCAUCAUCGUCAAGCCGGUUUCCACUCGAUCUAGAAGAAUACCUCGAUGGGCAGUUUCGACAAAUGCGAGAAGCCAGCGAGAAAUACUACAGCAUGAUGAAUCGGCUGAUGGAGCUCCAGUAUCAGGCUUCUGUGGAGCGAAUGAAAACAGUCAACCAACAAAUGCAGUUGAUGUUUUCACUAUGUUGGGCUGCUCGAGUACCACAGCCAACAUACGAGUCCUCCCCGAACAGCAAGCAACAGCUAGGAACACAACACCAAGCACCGUUUCCAAAUGAUGCCGACUCUACGGCGGCGGUAAUAAAUAAAGAGCAACCGCGGCAGCCACGAGUGGAUCAGCUGUUUGUUCCAGUGUCGACGCUUCAUUGUGAGGAACAACAGCAGCAGAAGCAAGAAAUAAAAAAUCAUAUUGACGUACCUGCACCACCCGACGGCAGUAGUGAUGAGGUUUUCGAACACGCUCAGCAGAACGAGUGUGCAGCAGAGGUGUUCAAGUCGUGCAAUGUCGGAUCAUUUCGGGAAGCAGAAAUUGUUUCCGAUAAGCACCCACCGAUCAGCGUUAAAUCGGAUCCAAUGUUCGUGCAGUAUUUUGUGGAUCGAUAUGGGCAUCGGUUGGAUUUAGCACGUGGACGUGCUUCAGUUUUCAGCGACGUCUUCGAGUGGAUGAUAAACCAAGGUAGAAUCAGGAUCAAGCUCCGACCUUCCGUACAUCAGUGUCUGUUAACAUGA